GGCGCGCCCACUGCGCGUGCGCGCGCCGGCUCGCAGGCCCCAUCGCCCCCUCCCCUGCGCCGGGACUUGGUACGGCCGGGACGUCCCGGCGGUUGGCGUCCUCCGCUGCUCCAGCCAGGGGCGGGCUUUUCAAAUCUUACCUUUGGAAAAGUGGCGGCGGCCCUGGCUGUGGCGCUGGUGAUGGAGGGGCAGAUCCUGAGGGGACCCGAGCUCCGCCCGGCGGGGCUUCCCGCUCAGCAGGACUGCAGCAUUCAAGGAAAAAUAGAUUUAGAAGUUCGAAUACGAGAAGGGGUAUGGAAACUCCUUUCUCUGAGCACUCAGAAAGACCAGAUUUUGCAUGCAGUUAAGAAUCUCAUGGUGUGCAAUGCUCGAAUAAUGGCUUACACAUUGGAGCUGCAGAAAUUAGAAGAGCAGAUUGCAAAUCAAAUUGGAAGAUGUGAUGUGAAUUUUGAAAGUAAAGCACGAACAGCAUGUAAGGGAAAGAUCGCCAUAUCAGAUAUUCGUAUACCACUAAUGUGGAAAGACUCUGAUCACUUCAGCAAUAAAGAACGAUCACAGCACUAUGCCAUUUUUUGUUUAUUCAAAAUGGGAGCUGAAGUUUUUGAUACUGACAUGGUGAUUGUGGAUAAAACAAUCACAGAUAUAUGUUUUGAAAAUAUGACCAUAUUUAAUGAAGCAGGGCCAGACUUUCAGAUAAAGGUGGAAGUAUAUAGUUGCUGUACAGAAGACUCUUCUAUAACCAACACACCAAAAAAAUUAGCUAAGAAACUGAAGACAUCUAUAAGCAAAGCUACAGGGAAGAAAAUAAGUUCAGUGCUUCGAGAAGAUCAUGAAAUGUGCUUGUCCUUCAGUUCUGCUAUUCAUGGUGCAAAGUACAGUUUGCUAGCUCAUACUACCCUGAGCUUGGAAAGUGCUGAGAAUAGCUUCAAGACCCAUAAUCUGUCUAUUAAUGGGGAUGAAGAGUCUUCGUUUUGGCUUCCCUUAUAUGGCAACAUGUGCUGCCGAUUAGUCGCCCAACCAGCUUGUAUGAAUGAGGAUGCGUUUGCAGGAUUUCUUAAUCAGCAGCAAAUGGUAGAAGGUCUGAUUUGUUGGAGAAGAUUGUAUUGUGUUUUAAGAGGGGGUAAACUCUAUUGUUUUUACACUCCAGAAGAAAUCGAAGGUAAAGUGGAACCAGCUUUGGUAGUGUCCAUUAACAAGGAAACCAGAAUUCGGGCAGUGGAUAAGGAUAAAAAGAAAAGGAUCCAUAAUUUCUCUGUCAUCAACCCUGUUGCCGGACAGGCUACAACUCAUAUUUUUGCAGCUGACAACAGAGAAGAUCUUCAGAAGUGGAUGGAAGCCUUCUGGCAGCAUCUCUUUGAUCUUAGCCAAUGGAAGCAUUGUUGUGAAGAACUUAUGAAAAUUGAGAGUAUGUCACCACGGAAACCACCUUUGUUCUUGACAAAAGAGGCAACCUCAGUCUACCAUGAUAUGAGCAUUGAUUCACCUAUAAAACUUGAAAGUUUAACUGAUAUAAUACAAAAAAAAUUUGAACAGACAAAUGGAGAGUUCCUUAUUGGUCAGCAUGAAGAAUCCUCACCACCUCCUUGGGCCACACUCUUUGAUUGUAAUCACCAAGUUGUCAUCAAGAAAAAGGUAUUAUCUCCUGCAAGCAAGCAGUUACAUGAUGGGAAAGGGAAAAAGAGACGAGCUCCCCUUCCUCCUUCUGGUAAAGCUGCCUUCGGCUUAAAAACACAGAGCAACACAGAUCAAUUGGUUAAGGACAACCGGGAAAAAACAAGCGUAUCUCAGACCUCGCCUUUGGAUACCAAAUUAUCAACCCUAAUGCAUCACUUACAGAAACCAAUGGCUGCUCCUCGAAAACUUCUUCCUCCCAGGAAAAAUAGUUUAACUGAUGGUGAGCACACAGACACUAAAACCAGUUUUGAAGCCAAGCCAGUGCCAGCUCCACGGCAGAAAUCUAUCAAACACAUUUUGGACCCUAGAUCAUGGUUGCCGGCACAUGUGUAGAAAACCCUUAAUGUCUAAGACAUUUUACAAAAUCUGUAACUGUGAGGCUUAAUUCAGAAGCACUAUAGAUGUAGUAAUAUGUAAUUAUGUAGGUAAAUAUGACAGUGAUUUACAUCAAUAAUUAAUAAGCUAUUAGUUGUAAAAAAUGUUUUAUAAUGAAGAAAUGGAUUUCUCUAACAGAGUGCAGGAGGCAGUUUCUAGACAAUAUCCCAAUUGUUGGAAGGGUUAAUUUAUUCCUAAGUUAGUACCAGGCAAUGAACAAGCACUAGGCAGAAGAAAGCAUUAAAAUUUCUUUGGGGAGGGACUGUCUAGUAAUUUAAAAUGUGUUAAAUAAGUGCCAUAUUCUCAUUGUGAGAAUUUUAAUACUAAUGGAAUGUUUCAAAAGUUUUAUUCAAACCACAAAUUAUAGAAUCCACCCAAGAAAAUUUCUUCUUAGCAUUCUGGAAUUCUCAUCUAAUGGUCCACUGGCUCUCAUCUAUUGUUUAACUCACUAGUUAACUCAGUGACCUUUCAGAUUCCUGAGAUAAAUUUUGGAAUAUUAAAUUCUUCAUUUUUAAAGGGAAUAUGUAUUGUGCUGUUCAAAGUUGUUUCCUUGAUGAGCCCUGAAAUCCUAUUGACAUUAACUCUCAUAAGUAAAGCAAAACAUUUUUUAGUUUAAGGAACAGGUAGAUGAAAUGUACUUUACUCCCACUUUUCUAUGCAUGGUACUAAUUUCUACUGUGACUUUGGCAUUUGGGGAAGUGAGUAGCUGAUUAACACCUUAAGAUUCAUUCAGUACUUAUUUAAAAAGCAGAUGGCCAAUUCAAAAUAUCAGAAAAGUUGGCCAUGAUAAUAAUUUUCAGAAUUAAUCCAUCUAAAAAAUUUUAAUUAGAUUUCCUUUUUCUAGUAAGGGUUCAUGUCUGCUACUGAUAUUUGUCAUUAAAAGUCAUACUCUUACAAUAAUAACAUUGGAAUCAUUUCCAUAGGAGGUAAUUUCCAUAGCAACUAAUCAUAGUGACACAAACAAGAUUAUGAAAUCAAGUGAUGAAUAAAUAGCAACAGAAUGAAUACCUCAAAGGAACAAAAAAAUCAAUUUUCUUAAUAAUUAUGCUUCUUAUAAGCAACAGCUAGACAAUUUUAAAAAUCUAAUCAGAAUUUCCAAGUAAAAUGAAACAGUUUCCAUAAGGUGUCAGCAACAGCACUAAAAAUCUCAAAUCACACUGAACCCUAAAUGUCAUUGCAACAAAUGAAAAUAUAAGAAUUAAAUUACUGCCCUGUGUAUAAUCUCUAGAGAUCUUUUUAAAGCUUGUAGGAACUCUAUUUGGAUCAGAACUACAUUAUUUCAAAGUAAAAUGAACACUUGACAAAAAAUAACAUUAAUUUAAAUGGAGCCUUUCAUUAUUUUUAGAUAGCGGAGUCUUUUUUCAUUUAUGUAGAAUGAUGUAACUGCCAGGUUACUUUUGUGUUUACCCAGGACUCCUAGUAAGAAUUGGGACUCAAGGGAGUAAUGAUACAAAAGGUCUCUUGUGACUGUCGACACCAGGAUAGACAUAGCAUUUGAUGAGAAGGAAAUCUUAUAUGCUUGCCUGAUAGAAUUUAGAGACAAUCAAGUGUAUGAAAACCUAAAAAGGUAGGAUUAAUUUGUUUUUUCUAACUAGAAGGCUCUCGUAAAUCUCAGUUGUGAUUGCCAGUUCAGUAAAUGACAUUAAAAAUCUAAUGGGUAUUAUUUUGUUUAUUUUUUAAACCUCACUGCUGUUUUUGACAGCAUUUUGACUGUCGUUGCCAUUAAAUUAUUGAGCUAGAAGAUGCUGCAGGAAAAAUUGUUUCUGAAACUAGCAUCUAAGCAUUCUUGGUUUUUUUGUUUUUUGUUUAUUUUUUAGUUAAAGCCUUUCUUAGAACAAACCAGUGUUAAAACUUCCAAAUUAUAUUCUUGUCAUUUCUCCUUAUGCGUAUUAUAUCAAGAAGGAUUUAAGUUGUACAGGAAACAGAAUUUGUUCUUAGAGAAAUUACCUAGCAGUUGUGCCCUUAGUGGGCACUUUGAAACAAGCCUGAAGCCCAUCUUCCUAGAAACAUUUAGGCGAAGCCUGACCAGGGACCACCUCCCCCCAAAAUUAUUUAGGCUGUUUCUGGGGUCCCAUCUUACUGUAUGUUACAAAGCCUUUAAAAUCCGACUGUAGUCUUCAGCUGUACUUCUUUUGACAUGGUACUCAUUAGAUGUUAGUUCUCCCCACUCUCCACUCCCCUCGAAAGGUAUAAUAAAAAGUUAAGGAUCUUUCCCUCCUGUCCUCCCUCCCUCUCUCCCUUCCUUCCACAGUUAAACAAAAAUCUAAAAAUACUGAGUUAAACACUUUGUCAAGGAUCUUGUCAAAAGAACUAUUUGUUUUCUCAUUUCCUAAACCGGAAGUUUAUGACAGAGAAAAAUAUACCAUGUAAUAAAAACAUUUCAGCUUUUUAUGAGCUGGCUUUUUACAUUCCUUGUUUGUCCUUUUCAUUUGUUUCUUGAUAUAUGAAGACUAUAUACUUGAAACAAGGAGUUAGCUGUCAGAUCUUGAUAAUAAUGUUAUAAUUGGAGAUACAUAAUAGAGAGAAUAGGUAUUUUAUUAUAAUUCAGAUGAUCUGAUAAUAAUAUCUUAGAAAAUUACAUUUCAAGCUCUGGGAUAUAAAUUACUUAAAACAUCAUUAAGAUAGUAUUUUAAUUGCUACAAAGUAAUGAGCUUUUUAUUUAAACAUCUUGCAAGGACAAAGAAAGCAUUUUGUUAUUAUAAAUGCACACCUCCUAAGGUAAACAGUCUUUAAAAAUAUCAGGCAUGCCAACUCUUGGUUAGUUUUGUUAAAUCCUCCCUAACUGUCUGCAGUGCCCCCCUGACUUCUUUUAAAUGGAUGUGCAUGUAUGUGGAAAACUAAAUCCAUUUAUUAUAAAUGCCUUAUCUUUACCCUUUAGGUUCCUACUAAAUGUAUUUUACCGGGUACUGUUUAUUAAAAUGGAAGCUGCCUUGAUUUAAAGACAGUUCACGUAAGGUAGAUUAAGCAGUCAAGUAUUUCUUUAGGCUUAUGUUCAGCUCCUCAGCCACCUACUGAGAAGUUAAUUAAUUCAGUACAAAAUGAAAUUAUAGGGCAGUUUGGUGCAGUUUAUGUUAAAUGCCAUUUGAAUGUAAUCACCUGUGUUACCUUGAACGAGGAACAACCAUACUAGAUAGAGAUAGAAUGCUGCACCAUGAGCAAGAGAAGUGCUUUGGCAGGAAAAAUAUCUGUCCCUGUGGUUAGAAUUUAUCAAAACUCAUUGUCUUUUUUUUUUUUUUUUUUUUUUUUUUGCGGUAC